AAUGAAAAAAGUGUGCCAGGGCUCUUGAUCAGAAAAGUGGAAAUUAAGAGAAAGGCACUAACAAGGCUCAUGUUUUCGCCUGAUCAAGAAAAUCAUCCGUCAAAAGCACCAGUGAAGUAUGGUGAACUGAUCGUCUUAGGGUACAAUGGCUCCCUUCCAAACGGAGACCGAGGAAGAAGAAAAAGCAGAUUUGCUUUAUUUAAAAGGCCCAAAGCCAACGGGGUGAAACCGAGCACCGUGCAUAUUGCCUGUACGCCCCAGGCAGCAAAGGCAAUAAGUAACAAGGACCAGCAUAGUAUAUCCUACACCUUGUCUCGAGUCCAGACGGUGGUGGUUGAAUACACGCACGACAGCAAUACAGAUAUGUUUCAGAUUGGCCGAUCGACAGAAAGUCCGAUAGAUUUCGUAGUGACGGAUACUGUCCCUGGCAGCCAAAGCAAUUCAGAAACUCAGUCCGUGCAAAGUACCAUCUCUCGGUUUGCCUGCCGGAUCAUAUGUGAACGCAAUCCUCCUUUCACGGCAAGGAUAUAUGCCGCUGGAUUUGACUCCUCCAAAAACAUUUUCCUCGGGGAGAAAGCGGCCAAGUGGAAGACCUCCGAUGGGCAAAUGGAUGGGUUGACCACAAACGGGGUCCUUGUCAUGCAUCCGCGGAAUGGCUUCACUGAAGACUCCAAGCCAGGGGUGUGGAGGGAGAUAUCUGUAUGUGGGAACGUGUUCAGCCUCCGCGAAACGAGAUCUGCUCAGCAGAGGGGCAAAAUGGUUGAAAACGAAACCAACCAACUCCAGGACGGCUCGCUGAUCGACCUGUGUGGAGCAACCCUGCUUUGGCGCACGGCGGAAGGGCUUUCCCGCACUCCGACAGUGAAGCACCUGGAAGCUCUGCGACAGGAAAUCAAUGCGGCCAGGCCUCAGUGCCCGGUGGGUUUUAACACGUUAGCCUUCCCCAGCAUGAAGAGGAAAGAUGUCGUCGACGAAAAGCAGCCCUGGGUUUACCUGAACUGUGGCCACGUCCACGGCUACCAUAACUGGGGGAACAAAGAAGAGAGAGACGGGAAGGAUCGGGAGUGUCCGAUGUGCCGCUCGGUCGGCCCUUACGUGCCUCUCUGGCUUGGAUGCGAAGCGGGGUUUUAUGUGGAUGCCGGACCUCCAACGCACGCUUUCAGCCCGUGUGGACACGUCUGCUCGGAAAAGACAACGGCCUAUUGGUCCCAAAUCCCUCUUCCGCACGGUACCCACACUUUUCACGCGGCCUGCCCGUUCUGCGCACACCAGCUCUCCGGUGAACAAGGAUACAUCAGACUUAUUUUCCAAGGGCCUCUUGACUAACACACAUGGC